AACCUGAGCUAUCGUCUAAGCUUCCCUAUUCGGCCGCCCCAAGCCUCCCAACCGAUUGAGCCUUCCGAGGGAGAGGACAAAAUCGGGGAAAACAUAAGAAAAAUCAACGAAAACAAAGGAGAGACGGAAAAAUUAAAUGGUAAGAUCUUUCCCCUCAUUUGUUUUAUCUUUUCGCUUGCUUUUCUUUUUAUUUCAUACAUUUUUUUUGGAGAUCUGUGGGGAACGAGAGCACCUGAGGGAGAUCGGAGGGUUUCCUAGGUUCCGGUUGUGGCGAUAUGAUUUGGUCCCCUUGAGGCUCCAAUGAUGGAUGGCACGAUAACUUCUUCUCCGCAUGCAGUCGGUGAUAUGGGCGAUGCAGCUGAAGAAUGCCCUGUGAAGGAGCGAUGCCAGGAGCAGCGAGAAGCCCUUCCAGGAGAGCCCCGUUGUGCUAUCUGUGGACGUUAUGGUGAAUAUAUAUGUGAUGAGACAGAUGAUGAUAUCUGCAGCAAAGAAUGCAAAAGUACUCUUCUUGCUAGGCUUGCCAGUACCCAGAAGCCAACUUUGGUCUGCAACCGUCCUGUAAGAGUACCUGUCAGUGACGAAUGCUUUUAUGUUAGAGCAGAUAAUAGACCCAAUUCAGAAUCCUUAUCCACCGAUCAGACUGAAUCUUUGAGAAGCAAAAUUGGCAUUUGUAUUAAGGGGAACUCUGUUCCUGCUCCAGUCUUGUCCUUCUCUUCCUGCAAUCUUCCUCAGAAGCUUGAACAAAAUCUUGAGUCUGCUGGCUACUUGAUACCUACACCAGUUCAAAUGCAGACCAUCCCUGCUGCACUGGUUAAUAGAAAUAUUCUUGUUUCUGCUGACACUGGUUCUGGAAAGACUGCUUCUUUUCUAGUUCCCAUAGUUUCACAUUGCUCAUAUAUUCGACUUCAGCACCUUGCAGAACAGAAGGGGCCAUUGGCAAUGGUUCUUGCUCCAACUAGAGAGAUCUGUGUGCAGGUGGAGGAGCAGGCCAAGGUGCUUGGAAAGGGUCUGCCUUUUAAAACUGCCCUUGUGAUUGGUGGAGAUGCCAUGGCUGGGCAAGUAUACCGAAUUCAGAAGGGUGUAGAAUUGAUUGUUGGCACUCCUGGAAGGCUGAUUGAUCUCCUAACCAAGCAUGAUAUUGAUCUAAAUGAGGUUUCUGUUCUGGUUUUGGAUGAGGUGGAUAGCAUGCUGCAGAAAGGGUUCCGUGAUCAGGUGAUGCAAAUCUUCCAAGCACUCUCGCGGCCUCAGGUGUUAAUGUUCUCAGCGACUAUUUCUGAAGAGGUCGAGAGGAUGGCAAGCUCAAUGGCUAGAGACUUGAUACAUGUCACAUGUGGGAAGCCAAACAGACCCAGCAAAUCAGUUAAACAGGUGGUCAUCUGGGUGGAAUCUAAGCAGAAGAAACAGAAGCUUUUUGAGAUAUUGAUGAGCAAACAGCAUUUUAAACCACCCAUUGUGGUGUUUGUGGGUUCAAGACUAGGAGCUGAUCUUUUGGCUGAAGCAAUUACGGUUGUGACUGGAUUGAAAGCUCUCUCAAUUCAUGGUGAGAAGUCAAUGAAGGAUAGGAGAGACAAUAUGAGGCUGUUCUUGACAGGGGAGACAUCUAUUCUUGUCUCUACUGGGGUUUUGGGGCGUGGGGUGGAUAUGUUGAAAGUACAGCAGGUGAUAAUUUUUGACAUGCCGAGUUCAAUGGCGGAAUAUGUUCAUCAGGUUGGAAGAGCAUCUAGAAUGGGAGAGGAGGGUGUUGCAAUUGUUUUUGUGAAUGAAGAGGACAAGAAGCUCUUUAGGGAGCUUGUCCAGUACCUGAAAUCUGCAGGAGCUGCUGUUCCACAGAAGCUAGCAAAUUCACGGUAUUCAGUAGGCCCUUCUCCACUAAGCAGCCGACAAAAGAGGAAAUAUGGUUCUUAAAAUAUUCUUGCAUGGCAGGUGAGAGACAGAUGCAUAAAUCAGAUCCUUUGCUCACUAGAGGAAGUUUUAACUGCUGCUGGACCUUCAGAUAAUUUCUUUUAGUUUGAGAGGUGGUUUGUGUCAGUCAAAGAGCCUAGGCAUUGCAAGUGUUGGUGGAUCGGCUAUGACUUCUGAGAAAAUAUUCGUACAAGGUUGAACUAGAGAUCGAGAUCCUCUCUCCAAAAGCAACACCAACUAUGCAUCUUCCGGCUGUCAAUUGUUCUUGAAGCUCUAGGAACGUCUCGAGGUGUCCUCUUGGCUGUUCGUUGCUGGCAUUUUGUGCUUCCUCUGAUUUCUGCUUCUUAAUCAAUUUUCUUUUAAGAAUUAUGAAUUGCAACUCAGGAAAUUUGGACAGCACAACGCUACUACAAUGUUUACUUGCACAGUUUUUGGAUAUGGGUUACAAGAUAGGUAAGUCAUGAAAUAAUUGACUUUGGAUUUGAGGAAUGUAGAAUUCAAGGUCACUCGCCAUGACAUAUUGAAACUGAAGCUUUUAUGCUGGAAUUCUUUCAACUGGCUGGUGCAUACUUGGGCUUCUCCAGAUAUUGGGAAUGUUUUGAUCGUGACAAAGGCCUGCAAACCCAAGUCAUACACCUCUCCUUUUGCACAAUUAUGACAUCCAAUCCUGUGUCACAGAAGGCUUUGCACAAUCUACAUUGCACAGAUCAUAGGUUUUGUGCCAACAAGGUGUAUCUUAGCCAACCUGGACAUGUGAAGAUUUACCUUACAAGAUGGAUCUGUAAAUUCUAGGCGUCUCGGACCAAUAUCUAGACAGCUUGGGUGGGGUGUAACACUGGGCAUGUUUUAUCUAUCCCAUGAUAUAAAUGUAUGCUCUUUGCUUCACGGAGAACAUCUUUGCCUUGUUGAGUUUGUUAUUAGCUUAAAGAUGAUGACUACCAUGCAUUUUAUUAAAAAGGUUCAUGGGAGUGCAGUGGUUGUAUUUUGGUUUUGCUUUAUAUGCAGUUGAUUAAUUGGUUUAUAUUAGAAGUUGUGAU